AAUAGCCAACAAAUUCAAAAGUCCAAGAUAUGGGGCACAUGUAGACAACUGUACCACAGCAAUUCAAACGUCGCCGUCUUGGACUUCAUUCUUCUUCUCCUUCCAAUCUCCUUCUUCUCCGAUCCCUCCAUCGCUCCCCAAUGAACCCAAUACCUCUCAAUCUCAUACUCCUCUUCCUCUAUUUCACCCCCGCGCUCUCGCUGGACCCAAAAUUCGAGGCCUGCGAGCCCAAAACAUGCGGCGCAGGCCCAAACAUAAGCUACCCCUUCUACAUCCGAGGGAGACAAAACCCCUUCUGCGGGAACCCAGGGUUCGAAGUCACGUGCGGCCACAAUGGGCUCCCGAUUCUGAAUCUGAUAAACAGCAACUACACGGUGGAGAGAAUCUUCUACAGAAACCACACGCUGCGAGUGACGAACCCGGCGUUUUCGCGGGGGAACGGGUCGUCGGCGUGCUUGGGUCACGCGCAGAACGUGACGGUGGGGAGGUACAGGUUCCGCGUGGCGCCGGGGCAGAGGGAGGUGUGGGUGGCGUACGGGUGCCAGGGGGUGGGGGCGCGGAGGAUCGGGUGCGACGCGGGGAACGGAACGGCGUCGGUUUGGGGGGUGGAGGUGGAGGCGGAGGUGGCGAGGGGGAAGUGCUCGGGCGGCGUGGUGGCGGCGACGGUGGAGGAUGUGAGAGGCGGCGUGGCGGAGGCGCUGAGGAGAGGGUUUUUGUUGAUUUGGAAUGCGACUAACUGCACGGAGUGCAUGAACAGCGGAGGGAGGUGCGGCUUUGACCCUGACCCCGACACAUAUGCUUUUCGCUGUUACUGUCCUGAUAGGCCUCAUGCAGUCAAAUGUGCUGCAGGGACAAAAGGGUUGAGUAAUGCAGGAAAAGUAGGCAUAGGUUCAAGUGUUGGACUACUAUGCAUCGUGGUGAUUGGUUGGCUCCUACAUUACAAAAGAAAACACAGUUCCUCAGGUGAUGAACUCCAAACAAGAAGUACUUAUUCUGAUCCCUCUCCGGAUCCAGAUGUCGAAGGUGGCAGUGCAUACUGUGGAGUUCAUCUCUUCUCCUACAAGGAGCUUGAAGAAGCAACAAACCGUUUCGACCUUAAUAAGCAAAUUGGAGAUGGAGGCUUUGGUACCGUCUACUUUGGGAAACUGAAAGAUGGAAGGGAAGUUGCUGUGAAGCACUUAUAUGAUCAUAACUACAGGCGAGUAGAACAGUUCAUGAAUGAAGUUCAGAUCCUCACACGUUUACGCCACAGAAAUCUUGUGUCACUCUAUGGCUGCACUUCACGUCAGAGCCGUGAGCUACUUCUUGUGUAUGAAUACAUUCCAAAUGGCACAGUUGCCAGCCAUCUCCAUGGUGAACUGGCAAAGCCUGGCUUGCUAACAUGGCCUAUACGAAUCAAAAUCGCCGUAGAGACUGCUAGUGCAUUGGCCUAUCUUCAUGCUUCUAAAAUCAUUCACCGUGAUGUCAAGACUAACAACAUUCUUCUUGACAACAGUUUCUGUGUUAAAGUUGCGGAUUUUGGCCUUUCAAGACUGUUUCCAAAUGACAUCACACAUGUCUCCACAGCACCACAAGGGACCCCGGGUUAUGUUGAUCCGGAAUAUCACCAAUGCUACCACCUCACUAGCAAGAGUGAUGUGUAUAGCUUUGGAGUUGUGCUCAUUGAGCUAAUAUCAUCCAUGCCAGCUGUUGAUAUGAACAGGCAUAAGGAUGAAAUCAACUUGUCAAAUCUAGCCAUAAAGAAGAUCAAAAAGGGUGCAUUGAGUGAACUGGUUGACCCUUAUCUGGGUUUUGAAUCAGACAAUGAGGUCAAGAGGAUGAUAGUUGAGGUUGCAGAAUUGGCUUUUCAGUGUUUGCAAUUGGACAGGGAAUUUAGACCUUCCAUGGAGGAAGUCCUUGAGGUGUUGAAGAGAAUUGAAAGAGGGAAGGAUGAGACAAAGCAUCUGGAAGAAGCAGAUGUUCAUAGCUCUGAGGUUUCACAUAGUAAUGCAAAAGAAUUGGAUGAAGCUGGAUUAUUGAAGAAUAGGAAGCCACCUUCUUCACCAAUAUCUGUUACUGAAAGUUGGGAAAGUAAAUCUACCACGCCUAAUGUAAGUUCUUAAACACUUGGCUUAUUAUCAGUUAGUGAUACUUAACAAGCAUUCAGCACUCAUUGUAUCUUGUCAUCCACUUGUAUAGUUAUAGGAUGAUUGUAUUAUGCGGCAAAUCGUAGUCAAGCCUGGAGUUGAGUGAUUAUAAAUUUGAAUAUUCAGAAUAAAAGAAAAUGUAGUUUUUGAUUUUAGAAAUGUGCUACUGCUGCCACUUUUAAGCUAUACGCAGGACCAUUUUUAGGUGCCGGAGUAUCAUACACCGCUCCAAAUAUUUAAUUAAAACAAUAUUAUUUAUUGACUUGCAUAAAUUUAUAUUAAGCCAACACCUUC